AGAGGAGAUACAAAUGCAUGUCAGUUCCAGAUCUCAUAUUCCAUGAUGAUUGUAUACCAGUUUCUGUUGGUUCACUUGGUCAUGAUAAACUUGUGCAAAUUGUUAAUCAUGUUCUCCUACUUCAUAGAGGUCCAGUUUUAACAUUUCAGAUCUCUAGUUCACAGUUAAAAACCUGUUCAGAUAUAGACAGCUGGAUUCUUUACCUCUCAUUAUAUUCUGUCAAUUUUAUCAAAGAUAUUUAACUUCUGAUUUCUGAAUCCGAGCGUCAUAAUGUCCAUCCAUGUUUAUUCUCCUUUAAAAAACUGGUUCAUCUAAUAAUGGCUGGUUGCAUAAUCAUACUUCCUGUGAUGUUCAGAGGCUUUAGCUGUCUCACAACUCUGGCUUUUAAACAUGUUACACUCUCUAAUGCGGCAUUCGAAUGUUUGGUUUCUACCUGCCCUCAACUAGAAGGGUUGGCAUUGAUUGAUAUUGAUGGUCCCACUCGUAUCGAACUUAGCAAUCUGAAACUCAAGUACUUUUGGAUCUAUAGAAAAUUCAUUUCUAUAUACCUCAAAGAGUUAAGGUUUUUAGUUUAUGCAAGCCAUUUUGCAACAACAGCGGUUCAUCCUGACCAACAAAGAACUUGCAAUUUUAGCAACAUUCUUGGCUCUCAACCAGGUAUUCAAAAGCUUGUCAUGGGAGGCUGGUAUCUACAGUCUUUAGCCAUUGGUGCUAUGCCUCGGAGGCUUCCUUCUACUUAUGAUCAUUUGAAGAGCAAAUGCUUUGCCCUGAACAUAGAGGAUAUGAAAGAUAUUUUAGUUGCUAUUUGGUUACUUAAAAGCUCCCCUAAUUUGCAAAAGCUUGAAAUCCAUCUCUGGUGCUUUAAGAGAGAUGCGAUAGUUCCUAUCUUGGAUCAACAAAUAGCAAAGGAUCAGUUGGAGUGUACAUUCAACAAACUUUGUGUUGUGAAUAUGUCUAGACUCCUUGGCAUGAAAAUGGAAUUGGAAUUCAUUAAAUUUUUCCUUGCCAAUUCACCAUUGCUUGAAACAAUGAACAUCAUUCCUGCAAUAAAUGGCAUUGACAAAGGAUUGUUGUUGAAAGAGUUGCUUCGAUUGAAAAGAGCUUCACCACAAGCAGAAAUUUGUGUACUUGAACCCUAAGACUUAAUAGAAGUGAUCCAAGUUGAUGACCGCUACAGCCUCAUUCAACCCUGCCCUUCUUUUUCCCUUUUGUUCUGGUUAAAUGUAUCUUAGUGGUAGAUGUGUCACAGGUCAAAUGCACAUGUUAAAGAGCAUUCAUGUUGGCUACUGAAACUAGUGACAAAAACUUGAUUUUUUCUUUGUUCUAUGGGAUCUUAAUGAUUUGGUGAUAACAUUCAUGUUGCUUAUUGAAACUAGUAAUCAUGGCCUGUGAUUUUCUUUGGCA